CGGUAAUCUUUAAAAAAAAAAUACACUGCUACAAUACCAACAUCUCUAAUUAACCUAUACAUACAUGCAUUAUCUAAGACUGCUUCAAUAAUCUAUUGCUCAAUUUAAAGGCUACAGAGGCAGUAUAAACUAAUAGGCAAAUGGCCAAAUGUAUAAGAACAAGUAAAAAUUGUGAGAGAAAUUCAAAAUCAGAGUCAUCAGACUCGAAUGGCUACCUGUAAGUCAAUUAAGGUCGUGUUUGGAUGAUAUGUUUUCAUCUCUUAAAAUUGGAACCAAUGUUUCACUGCGUUGUCGAUGGUGCGAACUAGGAGCUGUUUGGUUUUGGAGACGUCGGAUCCCUCCAUUAAACGAUCUGUGAGUUGACACUUUCCCACCAUUGAGCUCUAUCUUCUCUUUGCUUCUAUGAUUUUGUUUCCAUAUUUAUCCUUUGAUUUACACACCAUUCUUUCUGUCCGUUUUUUAAUUUUCCUACUCUUUCAAGUUGUUGGUAUUGGUUUCUAGGGUUCGAAACAAUGUGGAGAUCUAGGGCUAUGCAUAUUGAUUGCUUGGAUUUCUCGUGGGCUAAUUUCAAUGAGCGAAGUUGGCACUACUUUUUUUCUUGAAAUAUUUAUUCUUUAUUUUUCUUUUCUUCCGGUUGGGAUCCGAACACUUUGCCUUGUAGCUGUAUGCUUGACGUUUCACCGUGCAUGGUGCUCCUACUCGUCAAUUUCAUUUGUUUCCUAAUGUCUGUCAUUUUUUGGGGGGUUCAUUUUUCAGGGUUAGCAAAAUACUGCUUGUAGUAGAGUUCUGUGGCAAUCGAAGCCCUUUUUGCAUAAAUGGCAGACCCGAGCUCAGUAGAUGUGAUACUGGAUUUUUUAAGAAGGAACAAGUUUACUAGGGCCGAAGCUGCAUUGCAAAGUGAGCUGAGUGGUCGUCCAGACCUGAUUGGAGUUCUACAGAAGCUUGCACUUGAGGAUAGUAAUGGGUUCAACCCACCUUUGGAAGAGGCCAAUGGGAAUUGUAGGAGUAGUGGCUCAAUUGAUAAGGAGAUAAGUUCAAGGAGCAGUAGAGAUAACUUGAAGGAGCUUAUUGUCAAUGGGCCAGACUACAAGCUGAAGAAUGUCGUUUGUGCAAAGGAUCAAAGCAAUGCUAAUGAAUCUAUCUUGCAAAGUUCAAUGGACGCUGCGAAUGAAUUGAACUCGAGAAAAUACAAUCCUACUAUUAGUCCUUUCAUUUUUCACCAGAGUGAUGGGGAAUGUAUGGGGAACACAUUUUCUGGGUUUCCAGUUUCUGGAAAGACAAUGUCAAGUCCAAGUGAUGGGCAUGAAAAUAGUGGCAAGGCUGCUGAAAAGUCUGGGGGAGAUGGGUACAGUUUCUCUAAUGAGAUCAGAACAUGGCCCGGAAGUACUAGUAAAUCCACUCUGGAAACAAAGCAGGAGAAAAGUCAUUACAGUGAACUCAAGGAGGUUGAUCAGUCACAUAAGAAAGCCCGAUCCAAAGAUGCUUUUGGUGAUAAACCUUGGAAUGACUGCAUGGUCAAAACUGUUUUUCCUUUCUUAAAGGAAGACGUAUCGAAUUAUUGUGAUCGUAGUACUGUGAUGGGUGACAAGAAAGAAGAAAAAAGACAACCAUGUAUUAGUGAUAUCAAAACAGCUAACAGAGAACAAUGUGAUGAUAUUGAAAGAACUUCAUACUUUGGGAGGUCACUGGGAAGUGAACCAAAAGAUCUCACUUGUUUUGACUUUCCCCUUACAUCCGGGAAUCAAAAGGAAGAGAUGCCUAGAUUACCACCUGUUAGGCUCAAAUCUGAAGAAAAGUCAUUUAAUAUCCAUUGGGUGGAAAAGUUUGAACGAGAUGGAGAUGAUUCAAGAAUUGCAAAUUCAGACAAGUCCUAUCAUAUAGGGUCAUUUCUGGAUGUUCCUGUCGGACAAGAGACUAAUCAGUCAGGAAAACGACCACCGGGUGGUAGUUGGCUCUCUGUGAGUCAGGGUAUUGCUGAGGACACUUCUGAUCUUGUUUCUGGUUUUGCAACCAUAGGUGAUGGAAUCAAUGAUGCAGUUGACUAUCCUAACGAAUAUUGGGACUCUGAUGAGUAUGAUGAUGAGGAUGAUGUGGGCUACACUAGACAACCUAUUGAAGAUGAGACAUGGUUUUUGGCUCAUGAAAUUGAUUACCCAAGUGAUAAUGAGAAGGGAACAGGACAUGGGAGUGCUCCAGAUCCUCAAAGAAAUAAAAACAGAGAAGAUGAUGAACAAUCUUUUGUAGAGGAAGAUUCCUACUUUUCAGGAGAGCGGUAUAUCCCAUCAGAAAAUGUUGAUCACGUUAGACCAUCAGAUGAUCCAAGAGAUCUGGCAGUUAAUGAAAUGUACGGAAGACCGAAUGACUUUAUUUCUCAAUAUGAUGGACACUUGAUGGAUGAUGAUGAAUUGAAUUUUAUCCGCUCAGAGCCUGUUUGGCAAGGGUUUGUCACAAAGACAAACGACCUUGUCAUGUUAGGGGAUGGAAAAGUCCUUAAUGAGCGUCGAAGGACUUAUUUAGAUGAACUGUGCAUGGAUGAUGAUCAACACGGGUCAGUUAGAUCCAUUGGUGUUGGAAUAAGCAGUGAUGUUGCUGAUAUUGGCAGUGAAGUGCGUGGAAGUUUGGUUGGAGGGAGUAUUGAUGGGGACAUGGAGUAUUUCCAAGAUAAUGAUGUUGGUGGUAUUGGUGGGUUAACCCGGCUUAUACUGCAUGACUCAGAUAAGGUUUUCUGUAAAAAAAUUGCUAAUCACAGUUCUGACAAGUUUAUAACAGGCGUAGACAGAAGAAAGAGUCACCCAGAUGGUGGAUUCUCAUUCCCCCCUCCUAGAAAUGGACAGUCUGUUCAGACCAUGUCCAAUAAAUAUUUGUUGUCAAAGGAAGGGAGCUCAUUUAUUGCUACUGAUGAUAUCAACGAUUGUUUAGAAGAAAACGAUCAUAUGCUUGUUCCAUGGAGGCGCAAAAGUACUGAUUCGUCGCCUGACGAGAGCUCAAAAUGUGAAAAUAAUGUUGUUGGAUCUGCAAAUUCUAGCCCUUCUUCUCUUUCAAAUUAUGGGUAUGCUGAACCAGAAUGUGGGAAGAAAGAACAUGAUACACAAAUAAUUGCAAGAGAAGAGGAUCUGAGGGUAUCAUUGGAGGAUGAAGAAGCAGCCGCAGUGCAGGAGCAGGUGAGGCAGAUAAAGGCACAAGAGGAAGAGUUUGAAACCUUUGAUCUAAAAAUUGUGCACAGGAAAAACAGAACUGGGUUUGAGGAGGACAAAAAUUUUCAUGUUGUUCUAAACUCAGUGAUAGCUGGGCGCUAUCACGUAACAGAGUACCUGGGAUCUGCUGCUUUCAGUAAAGCCAUUCAAGCUCAUGACCUUCAUACUGGCAUGGAUGUUUGCGUGAAGAUUAUAAAGAACAACAAAGAUUUCUUUGAUCAGAGCCUUGACGAGAUAAAGCUUCUCAAGUUUGUCAACAAGCAUGACCCAGCUGAUAAGUACCAUAUUCUUCGGCUGUAUGAUUACUUCUAUUAUAGAGAACAUCUACUGAUUGUAUGUGAGCUGCUGAAGGCAAAUUUGUAUGAAUUCCAUAAAUUUAAUAGAGAAUCUGGAGGGGAAGUAUACUUUACGAUGCCAAGACUGCAGUCAAUCACGAUUCAGUGUUUGGAGGCACUUCAAUACUUGCAUCGCCUGGGGCUUAUACACUGUGAUUUGAAACCUGAGAAUAUUUUGGUGAAAAGCUACAGUAGAUGUGAAGUGAAAGUCAUUGACCUUGGAAGCAGUUGCUUUGAAACAGAUCAUCUCUGUUCAUAUGUUCAAUCUAGAUCAUAUCGUGCACCUGAAGUAAUUUUAGGACUUCCAUAUGACAAAAAGAUUGAUAUAUGGUCCCUUGGCUGCAUAUUGGCAGAACUUUGUACUGGCAAUGUCCUUUUCCAGAACGAAUCUCCUGCCACAUUACUUGCUCGAGUUAUUGGUAUUAUAGCUCCAAUUGACCAAGAGAUGCUUGCUAAAGGAAAAGAUGUGUUCAAAUAUUUUACCAAAAAUCACAUGCUUUAUGAAAAAAAUCAGGAAACCGACCGACUUGAAUACCUAAUCCCCAAAAAGUCAUCCUUAAGGCACCGGUUACCAAUGGGGGAUCAAGGGUUCAUUGACUUUUUGACUCAUCUACUAGAGAUUAACCCGAAGAAGCGACCCUCUGCCUCAGAGGCCCUAAAACAUCCUUGGCUCUCCUAUCCAUAUGAGCCGAUAUCAUCUUAAGAAAGGAGAAAGAGAAUGUGCUUCUGUGGUGACUACCUAGGAAGGGAUGCCCUCCAAAUGUGUGUAUAUUAUACCUUCCACAUCACAGAGUAUUUUAAUGAUGCAUCCAUUUGUAAACCUAGGUUUUCUUUUUCGUCCUUUUUCACUUUUGUGUUUGUACAUGUGUGUUUUCAAUUAGUCCUAGAUGGGAGGAGGGAGGUGUUCAUUCUUUUUAGGUAAUGUUAGUGUAUCCAAUUUUUGUUGGCCUUACAACUAAUCUGCUGAACUGUAUCAUUGUGAUAUGUAUUAACCUCACUUUAAAAUUCAUCUCAAAAUUGGUAACUAAGCAGAAUUUCUUACUGAAGCUGUAUACUUCGUAUUUUGGAGCU